AUGGAGAUGGAUAGGCGGCUGUUCGCGACGGAGAGUAUCGGUGGCAGGGCGGUGUACCGGCUCCACGCCGUCACGGUGGCCGCCGGUAUACUCCUGGUGCUCUACUACCGGGCCACCCACGUGCCGGCCGCCGGCGAGGGCAGGGCGGCGUGGCUGGGCAUGCUCGCGGCGGAGCUCUGGUACUCGGCGUACUGGGUCAUCACGCAGUCCGUGCGCUGGAGCCCCGUCAGCCGCCGCCCCUUCAGGGACAGGCUCGCCGCCAGGUACGGAGAAAAGCUACCUUGCGUGGAUAUCUUCGUAUGCACUGCUGAUCCACACUCAGAGCCACCAAGUCUUGUCAUCUCCACCACCCUAUCGCUCAUGGCUUACGAUUACCCAGCUGAAAAAUUAAGUGUGUACCUUUCUGACGACGGAGGCUCAAUACUCACUUUCUAUGCUAUGUGGGAGGCGUCGUCAUUUGCAAAGCAUUGGAUACCAUUUUGCAAGAGAUAUAACAUUGAGCCUAGGUCGCCAGCUGCUUACUUCUCAGAGUCGGAUGGGCUUCAGGAUUUGUGCACUCCAAAAGAAUGGUCAUUUAUCAAGGACAUGUAUGACGAAAUGACCGAGCGAAUUGAUACAGCAGUUAUGUCAGACAAAAUUCCUGAAGAAAUCAAAGCAAAUCAUAAGGGAUUUGAUGAAUGGAAUUUAGAAAUUAGCUCAAAAGAUCACCAGCCAAUUGUUCAGAUACUGAUAGAUGGCAAGGAUCAAAAUGCAGUUGAUAAUGAAGGAAAUGUGCUACCAACACUUGUGUACAUGGCGCGCGAGAAGAGGCCUCAACACCACCAUAAUUUCAAAGCUGGGGCAAUGAAUGCUCUGAUAAGGGUAUCAUCAGUGAUAAGCAACAGCCCUAUCAUCAUGAAUGUGGACUGCGACAUGUAUUCCAACAACAAAGAUACGAUCAGAGAUUCACUGUGCUUCUUCCUUGACGAAGAAAUGGGUCACAAGAUCGGAUUUGUACAGUACCCUCAGAAUUACAACAACAUGACCAAGAACAAUAUAUACGGGAACUCCCUCGAAGUCCUUAAUAAGGUGGAGCUGCGCGGUUUGGAUAGUGUGGGUGGUCCUCUAUAUAUUGGCACUGGGUGUUUUCACAGAAGGGAGAUCCUUUGCGGCAGGAGAUUCACAAUAGACUACAAGGAAGACUGGAAUGGGGGAAUCAAGGACAAAAUACAAGAAAACAUAUAUAAAAUUGAAGAGAAAGCAAAGUCGUUAGCAACCUGCACAUAUGAAAAUGACACACAGUGGGGAGAUGAGAUUGGGGUAAAAUAUGGUUGCCCAGUGGAGGAUGUAAUCACCGGAUUGGCAAUACAUUGUAGAGGAUGGGAGUCAGUGUGCAACAGUCCUACAAGACCAGCGUUUUUGGGCCUAGGUCCAACAACACUUGGUCAGACACUCCUGCAACACAAGAGAUGGAGCGAGGGUAAUUUCUCGAUUUUUCUUUCAAAGUACUGUACCUUCUUGUUUGGGCAUGGAAAAAUAGGAUUACGACAUCAAAUGGGAUACUGUAUAUAUGGACUAUGGGCGCCCAAUUCACUUGCAACACUAUAUUAUGUUACCAUCCCUUCACUAGCCCUCCUCAAAGGCACCCCACUUUUCCCAGAGAUUACUAGUCCAUGGAUCGCACCCUUCAUAUAUGUCUUCUGUGUGAAGAACAUGUACAGCCUAUACGAGGCAUUAUCAUGUGGAGACACUUUGAAAGGAUGGUGGAAUGGACAAAGAAUGUGGUUCGUCAAAAGAAUAACCUCGUACCUAUUUGGAGUCAUUGACACCCUACGGAAGGUGCUAGGAAUCUCACAAAUGACGUUUGUAAUUUCAUCUAAAGUAAGCGAUGAAGAUGCAUCCAAGAGGUAUGAGCAAGAAAUUAUGGAAUUCGGGUCGCCGACUCCAGAAUAUGUGAUCAUUGCAACUAUCGCGUUACUCAACCUUGUUUGCCUUGUGGGAGGGCUUCGUCACAUCAUGACAGGUGGGUGGAAUGUACUCUUUAGUGUACUUCCCAUCCAAAUCUUUCUCUGUGAGAUGCUAGUGAUCACCAAUAUCCCAUUCUAUGAAGCAAUGUUCUUCAGGAAGGACAAUGGCCGAAUACCAUCCUCGGUAACAUUAGCUUCUAUUGUCUUUGUGGUGUUGGCCUUUCUGGUAGAGAUUCUGGUACCAAUAGUUUAGGACUCUUCAAGAGGUGUUGAUGUCUAAUAUAAGUAGUAUGUACAAUUCAUGGUUUUUUCUCCCCUUUGAGAGAAACUUACACGUGGAUUGAGUGUAUGAAACUUAGCCCGGUGUGGAGUGGAGUUCGAACUA